AAAAUUACACGUAGAUAUCGGGAAAUCGUAAAAAUUCAAAUCGAAUGGAAAUAAAUCUGGUUCGGCAUUAUGUUUAUGGGCCGCUAUACAAGUUGUGAGGGGUAAGAUGAUUGACGUGGAGCCAUGGUGCGAGCGGUGCCGUACCUCGUCCUCGUGCUGACGUUACUGCAAAUCGCAACAGCCUUCGUAUUCAACGAGACAUUAAUAGAUGAUUAUGAGAAUAAACUGAAAGAUGGCAAUUUGAACUUAGGAGAAACAAGACGGCAGAGCAAGAAGAAAGCGAUAUCCACUUCAUCAUCGGGGAAGCGAGGGGGUUCGCGUAAUAAGGACGGAGGUGACUCCGAGUCGUUAGAACAAUCCAUCACAGAGGAAACUUCGUCGUCAUCUGAAGACGAUAAACGAAAGAAGAAAGAUCGCACACCCAAGUCUACUGUAGAACGGAAAGGAUGGCUAAAGUGGCAUCGUAAAUGUACAAAAUGUCCGGAGGACAUGUCUAAGAAAUGGCGCGACCCCACCAUCAAGUGGAUCUGCGGAGCGUACCAGCGAGCCAGGAGGUCGUUCAAGAGUCUCUGCAUGAUGCACUACAGGAACUGCCAGGAUGGUACCAUGUUCACGAAGAUAGCUGACCAUCGGUGUCCGAACGGCAGUAACCAAAUCAGACCCUACAACCUGCACUUCUUCUACGACUACAAAGUAAUUCUGACGGGAGAGACGUCCGACUCUGGCACCAUACAGUCCAGUGCGGAAGCCGACUCCUCAUCCUCCUGGGACUCAUCCCGCAUAGCCAAGUUACCACCAAUAAGAGUCCAAUAGUACAGAUUAUGUUUGUCAUAUUUAUAAUAGCUGAAUAGUUUAUGAAGUUAAAUAAACAAACGUAACACCA